AUGGAAUUUGAAAAUAGAUUUGCUGAUUUAUAUGUAAAAGGAGUUAAUGAGUUUCUUGACUAUGCUUCUAAUAAUUUGGCCUUAAGUAGUGACAUAGGAGAAGAGGAUAAAAAGGUACCUUCCCCUUGUAAUUGGUGCAACAAUAGUCGACAUAAAACAAGGGAAGAAAUCUAUAAUGAUUUGCUACUUAAUGGCAUUGUUCGAAGUUAUGUUCGUUGGAUUUAUCAUGGAGAAUAUAAACCCCUACUUAAAAGAAGUAGAAAUGAUUUAGGUGAAGGUAGUAGUGAUGAUAUAUUUAGGAUGAUCCAUGAAAGAUUUAGUAUUGGAGUCUCGAAUAAUGAUGUAGAUGAUGAUCUUGAUGAAGAGCAACAAUCAACUGAGGCCAGUCUUCCUAAGUACACAAAGGGUACGAAAGAGGCAAGGAUCUUUGAAAAUUUGAUGAGAGAUGCUCACAAAACCUUAUACCCUGGUUGUGACGAGUUCUCCAAAUUGUCAUUCAUCUUGAAGUUAUUUCAAAUCAAAUGCAUGGACGACAUGACUAAUAAAGCUUUUACUAGUAUGCUUCAAAUGUUCAAGAGUGCUUUACCCAAAGGUGCUGAUGUGCCAUCGAAUUAUUAUGAAGCACGAAAGAUGAUAACUGAUCUCGGCUUCCACUAUGAGAAAAUAGAAGCAUGUGAACAUGACUGCAUGCUAUUUUGGAAGGAGAACGUUGAUUUAGAAAAAUGUUCCAUUUGUGCUAGUGAUGGGUUCAAUCCAUUUGGUGGGCUUAGAAGUGACUAUAGUAUAUGGCCUGUAUUUCUUGUUGUGUAUAACUUGCCUCCAUGGAUGUGUAUGAAACAGUCGUACAAUAUACUAUCUUUGUUGAUUCCCGAAAAAAGUGGGCCAGACAAUAACAUUGAUGUGUACUUGCAACCAUCAAUUGAGGAGCUAAAGGAGUUGUGGGAAAUGGGAGCUAUGACUUAUGAUGCUUCUCAGAAUUCAUAUUUUCAUAUGCUUGUUGCAUUAUUGUGGACUAUUAACGAUUUUCCAGCAUAUGCUAACUUGUCAGGAUGGUCUACCAAGGUUUAUAAGGCAUGUCCUCGUUGUAUGAAUGAAGCUAGCUCCAUUAGAUUACCAAAUCAAGGAUCAUAUUGUUAUAUGGAUACUCGUCGUUUUCUUCCAACAGACCAUAAAUGGAGAUUUAGUGAAUCUCUUAAUGGGAGAAUAGAAACAAGGGGUCCUCCUAAAAAGACAUCUGGAACUGAUAUUUUAACUCAAGUUAGGGACCUCGAAGACAUGAAAUUUGGAAAAAAAUGA